CACUGCUAAGACAGACUGGCUCCCCUUUACUCCAGCACUAAACUAAAGGAUUCUCAUGCGAUUCACAAUGUCUUCAACUACAGCAAGGAUUCUCUUAGCUCUUUUUAUCUCACUUCUAGAACUCACCUCAGCAGAAAAAGCCAACCACCCACUAAAGCCAAGGAAUGUGAGGCUGCUGCCUGUUGAAAAUGGAUUGAAGGUUACCUGGGAGUCUCCAAAAGACUCGGAAAACAGGCCGGUGGAACACUAUAGCAUUGGCUAUGGGAAAUCCAUGAAGCACCUCCGGUUUAUUAAAGUGGAAAAAGACAUUCGCUCAUACAUAAUUGAGGAUGUUGAACCUGGGGUGCUAUACUUUGUGCAGAUGACUGCUGAGAACCACAAUGGAGUGAGCCAUCCAGUAUACAGAGCAGAGACCUCAGGAGGUGGAGAAUGGGUCAACUUAGAUGGAUUUGCUAUCAUGGGUCCAGCAGCUUUUAAAGGGCCUAUGACAGAAAAGGAUGUGCCAAGAAAACCUUUAAGAUUAAGGGCACGGCCUUCAGCGGAUAGUCUGUCUCUAAAGUGGAGAGCCCCCCAUUUAUCUGGCCAAAACAGCACAGUCGCAGUGAGGGGCUACCUCCUUGGUGUUGGAGAAAGUGGCAGGAAAAUGCACUAUAUACCUCUACAGCAGGACCAGAGAAAUCAUGAAAUUCAGAAGCUUGCUUCUGAGUCCGUGUAUGUGGUAUCGCUGCAGGCACAGAACGCACUUGGACAGAGUCCUCCUGUUUAUAGAGCAGUUAUGACAAAAAAGAAACCUUCAGAGCCUGAUGAGCUGUAUGAGCCUAAGGACAUUAGUGUUCGAGUAAUGUCCCCCCAAUCAGUAUUUGUCUCCUGGGUGGAUCCUGUAUAUGAGAAACAAAAGAAAAGCGACAUCAGCUCAACCAGGCACUACACCAUUCGGUACAGAGAAAAGGGGGAGUCGGCCAGAUGGGAUUACAAACAUGCCACCCAGAGACGAGUGUUAGUGGACAAACUUUCACCAGACAAUAUGUAUGAAUUUUCUGUGCAGAUUUCACAGGGGGAGAGGGAUGGAAAAUGGAGUGUUUCAGUCUUUCAGAGAACCCCAGAAUCUGCUCCCACAGGUUCACCUGAAAACUUUGAAGUACAGCCAUUGAAAGGGAAAGGAACCGCUGUCACUGCAACAUGGGAGCCACCUUUAGACACAAAUGGAAAAAUUAGAGAAUACAUUCUUUCAUACGCCCCGGCUCUCAAACCAUUUGGAGCAAAGUCCAUUACCUAUCGUGGAGAUACUACUUCUGCCAUAAUUGAAGGUCUGCAGCCUGGGGACCGGUAUAUUUUCAAAAUUCGUGCAGCAAACAGGAGAGGACAAGGUCCUCAGUCUAAAGCCUUCAGUGUCAAUAUGCCAACAACUAGUACUGUUGCAUCAAGUUCACAUCAGCAAUCCAGGAAUCCUGAUUUUGGCAACAAUGACCAGAGCGCUGUACCACCAUCUAGGACAUCUUUAACAUCUUCGGCAAAGUUGCCUUCAUCUAGUCCUACCUCCAAAGAUCUAAAGCAUCCUGCUUCCAAAACAACAAACACAUUUUCACAUGAAGUUGUUCAUGAUAGGUCACAAUUGGAGACAGCUUUUCAGUCUAAGGAGGAACCUGAUGAGUCUGAACUAUAUCCUUCUGAACCUGUGCUUCCCUCACCAUCAAAAGCCACCACUUUGAACUCCAGGAGAAAAAAUCAUCCUAUUUCUAGAUCUCCUGUUAGGAUUGGCCAAUCAGCCAUCAAACAAAGACCAGACACAACUACAUCAUCUCCCUAUUUUAAAGACAAAGAUUUAAAUGGCAGACAACAUACUUCCUCUUCAAGACAGACAGAUUUGAAUGAGGAGUUAGAUGAGGAACUUGAUGAAGAUACUGAGGAGAAACACAAGGAACUUCUAAGACAAAAAAAUACAGUGCAUUCAAAAUUGAAGGAUGAUGGACACAGUGAUAUUGCAAAUAAAAAACAUUCUAAAAGUCCAAAUCAUAAAACUGGUUCCCUAUCAGUAGUUCCAGAAACAUCUUCUGGGUCAUCCCAGCCCAAAUUCUCCAGAACAUCAGGAAAUAGAUCAGUGUCUUCUAUUCAAAAGCCUCACACAUUUCCUAAUUCAGAGACCAGUAAGCCAAGAAGACCAAUAUCCUUUUCCAACAGAAAAUCUGUAUCACCCUCAUCAGUUACUCAGUCUUCCUCAUCAGGUGUGUCCUCCUCCACCUUAUCCGGCAAUCAGGAGUCGACUGCUUUAAAGAAUGAACAUUCAGCACGUAGCUUUCCUAAUAUAAAGGAAACAUACAUUGAUUUGAAAAAUGGCUCAUCUUCCUCUUCUUCCAAAUCCACAGUAUCUAAAUCAGGGACUCGCCCUUCUUCUUCAGUGUUGACUUCAGGUGGGGCACGAUUACCUGUUUCAUCCAACCGUCAUUCAAGUACUGGCUUUACUAAUGGCCGCAGAACAACAGGAACUAGUUCUACUGAUUCCACAAGUUCUGUCCAUCAAAAAGGUGCACCAGAUCAACCAGGAUCUACCAGGGUAGUAGGUGGUCAGCAAAAACCUGGUACUUCUUUAGUCAGGUCUCAGUCUGUUCUGCCCACAGUUGUUCAGCCAUCAACUAGACAGCAGUCGUCUAAACCACAAGAUGAGGAUUAUAAUUAUGAGGAUUAUGAUUAUGAAAGUAGUGAGACAGAAGUUGAGGAGGAGAAGCCAACUCUUUCUUCAAAACUAAACCAUGCUUUGUCAAACUUACCUUCCUCCGCUGUUCCUAAAGGGAGUCCCCGAAACUCACACCUUGGUGUUAACAGCAAAUCCACAGCAUCUAAAUCAGGGACUCACCCUUCUUCUUCAGUGUUGACUUCAGGAGGGGCACGAUUACCUGUUUCAUCCAACCGUCAUUCAAGUACUGGCUUUACUAAUGGCCGCAGAACAGCAGGAACUAGUUCGACUGAUUCCACAAGUUCUGUCCAUCAGAAAGGUGUACCAGAUCAACCAGGAUCUACCAGGGUAGUAGGUGGUCAGCAAAAACCUGGUACUUCUUUAGUCAGGUCUCAGUCGGUUCUGCCCACAAUUGCUCAGCCAUCAACUAGACAGCAGUUGUCUAAACCACAUGAUGAGGAUUAUGAUUAUGAAAGUAGUGAGACAGAAGCUGAGGAGGAGAAGCCAACUCUCUCUUCAAAACCAAACCAUGCUCUGUCAAACUUACCUUCCUCCGCUGUUCCUAAAGGGAGUCCCCAAAACUCACACCUUGGUGUUAGCAGCAAAUCCACAGCAUCUAAAUCAGGGACUCACCCUUCUUCUUCAGUGUUGACUUCAGGUGGGGCACGAUUACCUGUUUCAUCUAACCGUCAUUCAAGUACUGGCUUUACUAAUGGCCGCAGAACAGCAGGAACUGGUUCUACCGAUUCUGCAAGUUCUGUCCAUCAAAAAGGCAUACCAGAUCAACCAGGAUCUACGAGGGUAGUAGGUGGUAAGCAAAAACCUGGUACUUCUUUAGUCAGGUCUCAGUCUGUCCUGCCCACAAUUGCUCAGCCAUCAACUAGACAGCAGUCGUCUAAACCACAAGAUGCGGAUUAUAAUUAUGAGGAUUAUGAUUAUGAAAGUAGUGAGACAGAAGUUGAGGCGGAGAAGCCAACUCUUUCUUCAAAACCAAACCAUGCUCUGUCAAACUUACCUUCCGCCGCUGUUCCUAAAGGGAGUCCCCAAAACUCACAUCUUGGUGUUAGCAGCAAAUCCACAGUAUCUAAAUCAGGGACUCGCCCUUCUUCUUCAGUGUUGACUUCAGGUGGGGCACGAUUACCUGUUUCAUCCAACCGUCAUUCAAGUACUGGCUUUACUAAUGGCCGCAGAACAGCAGGAACUGGUUCUACCGAUUCCACAAGUUCUGUCCAUCAAAAAGGCAUACCAGAUCAACCAGGAUCUACGAGGGUAGUAGGUGGUAAGCAAAAACCUGGUACUUCUUUAGUCAGGUCUCAGUCUGUCCUGCCCACAAUUGCUCAGCCAUCAACUAGACAGCAGUCAUCUAAACCACAAGAUGAGGAUUAUAAUUAUGAGGAUUAUGAUUAUGAAAGUAGUGAGACAGAAGUUGAGGCGGAGAAGCCAACUCUUUCUUCAAAACUAAACUAUGCUUUGUCAAACUUACCUUCUUCCUCUGUUCCUAAAGGUAGUCCCCGAAACUCACACCUUGGUGUUAACAGCAAAUCCACAGCAUCUAAAUCAGGGACUCACCCUUCUUCUUCAGUGUUGACUUCAGGAGGGACACGGUUACCUGUUUCAUCCAACCGUCAUUCAAGUACUGGCUUUACUAAUGGCCGCAGAACAGCAGGAACUGGUUCUACCGAUUCUACAAGUUCUGUCCAUCAAAAAGGUGUACCAAAUCAACCAGGAUCUACCAGGGUAGUAGGUGGUCAACAAAAACCUGGUAUUUCUUUAGUCAGGCCUCAGUCUGUUCUGCCCACAAUAGCUCAGCCAUCAACUAGACAGCAGUCGUCUAAACCACAAGAUGAGGAUUAUGAUUAUGAGGAUUAUGAUCAUGAAAGUAGCGAGACAGAAGUUUCUAAAGGGAGUCCCCGAAACUCACACAUUGGUGUUAGCAGCAGCAAAAAAAUUGAUGAUUCUGUUAAUAAACAUAGUUUAUCCCCAACAUCUCGUGUUAACCCUUCUUCAACGAAACGACUUCCUUCUGGGCGUAAUCAUUCGUCUUUGACAACAAACCGUAACCACAGGUUCAGUAGGCCCAGACAGGAAACAAAACUAAGUUCUUCUUCUACCCAACAAAACAUAGCAACUCCUUCAGCACGGUCUAGUGGCUCACAGUCACUAACACCAAAACACACACAAUCAGGUUUUGUUGAUUCUGUAAACCAAGAGACUGAUGAAAAAGAAAAAACACCAAUUUCCUCUUCACCAUCAAAGUAUGACCAUGGAUUAUCAAGUUCUCAAUCCUCUUUGCCAAACCGUCAUUCUGUUUCAAGUGGCUCCAGAAAGCCUGUUACCUCUUCACACUUCAAUACUUCACCCUCAUCUUCCCAAGGAGGUUCACAUACUCCCAGUCUACCAGAAACUGUUUCAGAGGAUGAUGACUAUGACUAUCAGUAUUAUGGAAGCAAAGAAUUGUAUGAUAAAGUUGAUAAACUGAGUUCUGCGUUAUCGAAGUCUGUGGCACCUGAUCCAACUACCUCACCUUCAGUUAAACAGACAAGCUCUAGUAUUACUGAGAACAGAGAGGAAGAUGAUGCACACAGUAAAUCAAGUUCCCCUUCUGUGCAGUCAUCCUCCCAGCUGCCUACUUCAGGCUCCAAUGGAUGGUCCCAUUCCUCUCAACUAACAAACCGUCAAUUUGGUCCUAGGAUUUCCAGCAGGGUCCUACCAUCUCAAAACACAAAGCUGGGUGGGUCCUCUGUCUCUUCAAGCUCCCCUUCUUCCAGUGCUUCUCAGUCUGCUUCAUCUACAAAUAGAGGCUCUUCCCGGGUCCCAUCUUCUCAGUUGACUCAUUCUUCUUCCAGUCAGACCUCUUCUUCCUCUCUACCAUCUUUGCAUUCAUCUCGGCAACCAAUACAAGGGACAAGGACCCGAUACCCUGGCCGAGUGGAUAUCGCUACACGAGAGAAAAGACCUGGCACAUUUGUGAAACCCAGUUAUAAUCAAGGUAAAAAUGGUAGACCAAAUCUUACAGAUGCAAAUGGAAAAGUUUCUUCUACACCCGAAGACAAAGUCAAACAAACAGGUCGCAGAUUAAUAACUGGCCCUCAAGGUGCAAAAUGGAUAGUAGACUUGGACCGUGGGGUGCUAAUGAAUCAGGAAGAAAAAAUUCUCCAAGACUCACACGGCAACCCCCUCAGAGUACAGCUUGGAGCAGAUGGGCGUAGUGUUAUCGAUCAUGAAGGAACUCCAUUGCUAAACCCUGAUGGGCUCCCGUUGUUUGGGCAUCGGCGCGAUAGCAGUCCUGUGAUUAGUCCUAAGGGGAAGUCUGUACUGUCAGUAGGAGGCAAGCCACUGGUUGGUUUGGAACUUCGCAUAACAACAACAAUUCCACCAACAACCACCACAACUACGACUACAGCUACUACCACAACUACUCCUGAGCCAACUAUUAUUCCAACUACAAUUGAGAUAACCACAGAUGUCCCUACAACGCCUGCAUUACCCGAAUGCCCUCCAGGCACCUAUUAUAAAGUAGAUGAAGAUGGAAAACCUGUAUUUGGAGGACAGGGCAUACUGAAUUGCUACCCAGAAGAGGCCCAGACCACUCUCCUUCCAACAACAGAAGCCCCCACAACUGAAGCUGAGGAAGGAUAUCCAGAAACCAGACCAUUUAACACAAGUCCUUCGUCAGAGUUUGAUCUAGCUGGGAAAAGACGAUUUACAGCUCCAUAUGUGAACUACAUCCGUAAGGACCCUGGGGCCCCCUGCUCAUUAACUGAGGCAUUGGAAUACCUUCAAGUGGAUAUCCUGGAAGAUCUCUUUUCAAAAGAUAGGAAUAAUCAGCCACCCAAAAAUAAGCCCCACAAUAUCACUGUGGUAGCCAUGGAAGGCUGCCACUCCUUCGUCAUCCUGGACUGGGCACGCCCUGUGAAAGGCGACAUGGUAUCAGGGUAUAUGGUACACAGCGCCUCCUAUGAUGACAUUCUGAAUAACAGGUGGUCAACCAAAAACUCCAAUGAGACCCAUUUAGCUGUGGAGAACUUGAAGCCAAACUCAAGGUAUUACUUCAAAGUUCAGGCAAAGAACAAUUUUGGUCUUGGACCUAUCAGUGACACAUUUACAUACGUAACUGAAUCAGAUGACCCACUGCUGAUAGUCAGGCCUCCUGGAGGAGAACCUAUUUGGAUUCCUUUCUCCUUCAAGUAUACCUCGACCGGCAGCGAAUGUAAAGGGAGUCAAUAUGUGAAGCGUACCUGGUACAAAAAAUUUGUUGGUGUUGUCCUUUGCAACUCAUUACGGUACAAAAUCUUCAUGGGAGACGGUUUGAAAGAUACAUUCUACAGCAUUGGAGAUACCUAUGGGCGAGGUGAAGAUCACUGUCAGUUUGUAGAUUCACACAUGGAGGGAAGGACAGGGCCUCGUUAUACUUCAAACUUACUGCCUACUAUCCCAGGUUUUUACCGUGCUUAUCGGCAGGAGCCAGUACACUUUGGACUUAUUGGCAGUAGAACCCCUCAUUACUAUGUGGGCUGGUAUGAGUGUGGAGUACCUAUUCCAGGCAAAUGGUAAUGAUGAUUCAAUACCAAAGAUGAUCUUCUGAGAGGAAAUUACCCAACGAAUUCCUUUUCUGACCUAAGAAAGCACAAGAAAUGAACACUAAUGCCUAAAAUGCAAAAUUCACACAUUUCUAUAAGAGAAAAUAUUUUCAACCCAUGCAUUGAAAUAAAACUUAUUUUAUGUGUUUUGUGGAAGCAAGUUAAAUAUGGUGGCAUCAACUGAUAUCCUUUUCUCCAACUGCAAAAAAGCAUAUUUCAAUCAAUACACUGUGUACUCUGGCCUGUAUUACACAUGAGUCUGCAGUGAGAAUUCAGAUUUACCUACCCAUUUUACCUACCCAGUGGGUUUAUUAGUAAAGAUGUGCCCAACACAAAUCUAUGAGCAUACAUCAGAUUGCAAAAUCACACUAAAUUAUUUGAAGAAAAAAGGUUGUUACCAUACUGAAGGAUUAUGUACUAUUGUAUUAUUCAAAAAUAACACUAUAUCUUCAAACAUACUGACACACUGAGUUUAGUUAUUACAAUGUAUAGUAAAAUAUUUUUUUGACGUGCAAUUGUUUGCUAUUUUUAAUUCAAAUAUAUCUAUUAUCUGCACAAAAAGAUGUUUAUAAGGAACACAUUUUGCUAUGGAUCAUUGUUACGGAGAUGUUCAACCGGGCUGUGAGUUAUUUAACUGCCACUACAAGGUCAGGGAUGUGGGUGAAGCCCAGUUAGCUCAGGAAAGAAAGAAUUACAAUAAAGUGCUAUGGAAACCACUACAGAUGAGAUCUACUGUAUACAUAGUCAAACAUCCUGAGACGGUCUCAGCUUUCUGCUCAUUUUUAUUUUAUCAACAUAAAACACAAAUCUAACUGCAUUCUGGCAAUGAUCUGAAUCACAAUUAACUACACUUUGGAUCUUUAGAUUCAAACACUACACUAAUCUUCAGAAAUGAAGACAUGAUUUCUGUUAGGUAUAUUACAGAAAUGUAUGUCAUUUAUUCUUACCACAUUAAACACAUAGCAACAUAUUUGUCACAGUACUUCUAUUUUUUAGAUAUCACACAAAAUAAAACAGCGGAUGUUUUUCAAUGGUUACAAUUCUUGGGUGCUUAAGUGGAUUUUUUAAAAACAUUUCUCUUGAUGUUGGAAUUUGCACUAAAAGGCAUUAUCAGAAAGAUGCUGUGAUGGUUUCCCUGGGGGACUACCAAUGUACCUGUAAAACCAGAAGUACAGACACAUUUGUAUAAAAUGUUUGCAGCCAGCAAUACUGUAUGCAAGGUAUGUAACUUUAUUACUGUAUAAUUUUUGUAUUAUUAUUUCACGCCUCUAGUGCUAACAUUAAACUUUUAUUUCAUUUUAAAAUUCAUAA